UCUGACAGCUACCCAAUCACUAUCCACGUUACAAGAGGUUUGUUCUUUAUAUUUACGGGUCUGCCUGAGGAAUGUAAACUAUUCAACAUGGAGCCAGCAGUCAAUAAGCUUGAGGCCAUGUUCCAGAAGGCUGAGGCAGAUCUUCAGUAUGUGGAGAAGAAACUAGAAUCUGACUUCAUGGUCAUGUUGCCAGAGAAUGCAACAGCUGAGGAAAACCCAGUGAAGCUUCUUGAAAAAUUGUCUGCGGUGAAGUCGAGACAUAAAGCCCUGUGUGCCCAAAUGCAGGAGAUAGCACUGGAGCAGAAGAACUCUAUUAGUGCAAUGCAGUCCCACCUGAAUACAGCCAUCCAUAUCCUACAGAAACUAGAACAGAGCACCAGUGUGGAGAUCCCUCCUCUGACUGAGCAGGAGAAGCAGGCAGCUGUCCAUCUUAAAUGUGAUGCAUUGCUGAGUGGGAGCACUGAUACGACAAACACUUCUGCUGAACCUCAAAACACAAUCCAAGAGCUAUAUGCUAGUGUUUCUACAGCCACUGUGGAACCAGAAUUUGAACCAAUCCGUGAAGAGGCCCUUAGGUCAGUGCCACGCAGCAUUCGCUCCAGUAUCCAGAUCAGUGAACUUAAUACCUUUUACAGACAGCUUUAUGAGCACUUCAGAGCAACAGAGAAUAGUCCUGUAAACAUGAUGCAGAUGAAGAAACUGAAGAUGAGUGUGAAUGAUGCAAAACUGAAGAUUCUCAAAUAUCUUUCUGUUAUUGAGAUGGACACAAAGGGGCUUGUCCAGCUUCCUUCACAGGAAUAAGGGUGGACUGAGUAGCUGUUCUCUUCCAACACUUAAGAUGAAUGAUGUAACAGCAAUCUAUUUCUCUUUGGUGCCAGAGAUGUCCACAAUAUGGGAACCAAGUACAAGAGUGCUGCUUUACAUUGGCCCAGAUAUUUUUGGUGUUUUAGCUGUGCAAUUUAGUGUUUUGAAUGAUUUAAAUGUUUGCUGUAUUGUAAAUAAAGCCAAUUUUAAGAUAA